UCACCCCACUCUCUGCUGUUGAAGCGGCUGCGAGAGUGGAGUGACCUCACCAUGAUGUGAUUUCUUUCUUCUUUUUUUGUUUGUUUAAUCUUUGCAGAAGAAAGACAUGUCCGAAAGAAACCGCUAAGUUAUUGAUUUCGUUCAGUCAACCUUUCCAGGAUUACGUGUCGGUUUAUCUCCACCGUAUUCGCUGCCUGCUCGCGUUGGCCGGCCAUGGCAGAGCAGGACGGUGCAGCCAAGAAGAACCCGGCCGUCGGGUCCUUGCAGUCUCACUUCCUGGUGGGCUCCAUAUCGGAGGAGAACUCCGAGGAUGAAAUCCACGGGAGGGUGGACGGGUCGCUGGAGGACAAGGAGAUGAGAUCGCUGUCACCGUCUUCCUGUAGCUCCGACAGCACAAAUGAGAUGGGUUUCGAUCACGUUGACGGCACCAUACACAAUUUAAGACCAAGCAUGUCAGGGCUCCACUUGGUGAAACAAGGCAGGGAUCGCAGGCGGAUUGAUCUUCAACGGGACUUCACUGUCGCUUCACCUGCUGAAUUUGUCACCCGUUUUGGUGGUAACAAGGUCAUUGAAAAGGUGCUGAUUGCCAACAACGGCAUUGCUGCAGUCAAAUGCAUGCGCUCCAUCCGCCGCUGGGCCUACGAGAUGUUCCGCAAUGAAAGGGCCAUUCGGUUUGUUGUCAUGGUAACCCCAGAAGACCUGAAAGCCAAUGCAGAAUACAUCAAAAUGGCCGACCAUUACGUACCUGUACCUGGAGGAACCAACAACAACAACUAUGCCAAUGUCGAGCUCAUUCUUGACAUUGCAAAGCGCAUACCUGUUCAGGCUGUGUGGGCAGGAUGGGGUCAUGCCUCAGAGAACCCAAAACUCCCAGAGCUUCUUCACAAGCAUGGCAUUGCUUUCAUGGGUCCUCCAAGUCAAGCUAUGUGGGCUCUUGGAGACAAGAUUGCCUCUUCCAUUGUAGCUCAGACCGCCGGUAUUCCAACUUUACCCUGGAGUGGAACAGGCCUGACAGUGGAAUGGUCAGAAAGCAAUCAAAAGAAGAAAAUCAUCAAUGUACCUAACGAGCUAUAUGAGUGCGGCUGCAUCCAGGAUGUAGAAGAGGGCCUCAAAGCUGCAGAAAAGAUUAGCUAUCCAAUAAUGGUGAAAGCCUCAGAGGGCGGUGGAGGAAAAGGUAUCCGUAAAGUGAACUGCGCCGAUGACUUCCCUAACCUCUUCAGACAGGUCCAGGCUGAAGUUCCAGGAUCACCUAUCUUUGUCAUGCAGCUAGCCAAGCACGCCCGUCACUUAGAGGUGCAAAUUUUGGCGGAUCAGUAUGGAAAUGCGAUUUCCUUAUUCGGCAGAGACUGUUCUGUGCAGCGCCGUCACCAGAAAAUCAUAGAGGAGGCUCCGGCCACCAUAGCCACCUCGGAUGUGUUUGAAGAUAUGGAAAAGUGCGCUGUGAAGCUAGCUAAGAUGGUCGGCUACGUCAGCGCAGGAACUGUGGAGUACCUCUACAGCCAGGACGGCAGUUUCUACUUCCUGGAGCUCAACCCCCGUCUGCAGGUGGAACACCCCUGCACUGAGAUGGUGGCUGAUGUCAACUUGCCUGCCGCUCAAAUGCAGAUUGCAAUGGGUAUUCCUCUUCAUCGGAUCAAAGACAUCCGGAUGCUCUAUGGAGUCCAGCCUUGGGGAGACACUCCUAUUGAUUUUGAGUCUCUGUCAAACGCACCGUGCCCACGGGGACACGUCAUCGCGGCGCGCAUCACCAGCGAAAACCCCGAUGAGGGUUUCAAACCAAGCUCCGGGACAGUGCAGGAGCUGAACUUCCGGAGCAAUAAGAAUGUGUGGGGUUACUUCAGCGUCGCAGCAGCAGGAGGCCUGCACGAGUUUGCCGACUCCCAGUUUGGACACUGCUUCUCUUGGGGAGAGAAUCGUGAAGAAGCUAUCUCCAAUAUGGUGGUUGCUCUCAAGGAGCUGUCCAUCAGAGGAGACUUUAGAACAACUGUCGAAUACCUCAUUAAGCUGCUGGAGACUGAGAGCUUUCAGCAUAACAGCAUCGAUACGGGCUGGCUGGACCGACUCAUUUCAGAGAAGAUGCAGGCGGAGCGUCCUGAUACUAUGCUUGGCAUUGUGAGCGGGGCUCUCCAUGUGGCAGACGUCAAUCUAAGGAACAGUGUUUCCAACUUUUUGCAUUCUUUGGAAAGGGGCCAAGUGCUGCCAGCCCACACACUACAGAACACUGUGGACGUGGAGCUGAUCUACGAAGGCACCAAAUAUGUCCUGAAAGUGACACGGCAGUCUCCCAACUCGUACGUUGUGAUCAUGAACAGCUCUUUAGCGGAGGUGGACGUUCAUCGUCUGAGUGAUGGAGGUCUUUUGCUGUCUUACGAUGGAAGCAGCUACACUACAUACAUGAAGGAAGAAGUGGAUAGGUAUCGGAUUACGAUUGGGAACAAGACUUGUGUUUUUGAGAAGGAGAACGAUCCGUCGCUGCUGCGAUCCCCCUCAGCGGGAAAACUCAUUCAGUACUCAGUAGAGGACGGCGGACAUGUGUUUGCUGGACAGUGCUUUGCAGAAAUAGAGGUGAUGAAAAUGGUAAUGACCCUCACUGCUGCAGAGUCGGGUUGUAUUCAUUAUGUGAAGAGGGCCGGAGCGGCGUUGGAACCUGGCUGUGUCAUCGCCAAACUGCAACUGGAUGACCCGAGCAGAGUGCAACAGGCAGAGCUCUACACAGGGACGCUUCCUUCAACCCAGGCCGUGGCUCUGAGGGGGGAGAAGCUGCACAGGGUCUUCCACAACACUCUGGAUCACCUCGUUCACAUCAUGAACGGGUACUGCCUUCCUGAGCCGUUCUUCAGCGCUACACUGAAAGAGUGGGUAGAAAGGCUCAUGAAAACCAUGCGAGACCCCUCCUUGCCCCUUCUUGAACUUCAGGACAUCAUGACCAGUGUUUCUGGCCGGAUCCCUCCUGCUGUGGAGAAGUCCAUUAAGAAGGAGAUGGCUCAGUACGCCAGCAACAUAACGUCUGUGCUGUGCCAGUUUCCCAGCCAGCAGAUCGCAAACAUCCUGGACAGCCACGCUGCUACUCUCAACAAGAAAUCAGAGAGAGAAGUGUUCUUCAUGAACACUCAAAGCAUCGUCCAGCUGGUGCAGAAGUAUCGAAGCGGUAUCCGAGGCCACAUGAAGGCAGUGGUGAUGGACUUGCUGAGACAGUACCUGAAAGUAGAGAUCCAGUUCCAGAACGGACACUACGACAAGUGCGUGUUUACACUUCGUGAGGAAAACAAAGUUGACAUGGUCAAUGUUGUCAACUACAUUUUCUCCCACGCACAAGUAACCAAGAAGAACCUGCUGGUGACUAUGCUGAUUGAUCAGCUAUGUGGUCGUGAUCCCACUCUGACAGAUGAACUGAUGACCAUUUUGACUGAGCUCACUCAGCUCAGCAAGACAACCAACGCCAAGGUGGCUCUGCGCGCUCGGCAGGUUCUGAUAGCGUCCCACCUUCCCUCCUAUGAGCUGCGACACAACCAGGUGGAGUCCAUUUUCUUGUCUGCCAUUGAUAUGUAUGGGCACCAGUUCUGCAUUGAGAACCUGCAGAAACUCAUCCUUUCGGAAACGUCCAUCUUUGAUGUUCUGCCCAACUUCUUCUACCACAGUAAUCAGGUGGUCAGGAUGGCUGCCCUGGAGGUCUAUGUCCGGAGAGCGUACAUCGCCUAUGAACUCAACAGCGUUCAGCAUCGACAGCUGAAGGACAACACAUGUGUGGUAGAGUUCCAGUUCAUGCUUCCCACCUCGCAUCCUAACAGAGGGAACAUCCCAACUCUCAACAGGAAAAUGACCACUCCUAUCCUGGACUAUCUUAAGACCUGGGAUGAUAAAGCACAGGAACCAAAACCACAGGAGCUUAAAUCCCAGGAUAGUGAAGCUAAGGAUGAGAAUGCCGAGAAGAAAGAUUUGGAAUCUGAAGGAAGGAUGUCCUUCUCAUCCAACCUGAACCACUACGGCAUGAUGCAUGUGGCCAGUGUAAGCGAUGUCCUGCUGGACACGUCUUUUACACCACCCUGUCAACGGAUGGGAGCCAUGGUUUCUUUCCGCACCUUCCAAGAGUUUACAAGGAACAUUAAUGAUGUCCUGAGCUGCUUUUCUGACUCACCGCCUGCAAGUCCUAUGUUCCCUGAUGGAGGCAACCCUGUCCUGUACGGUGAAGAGGACAGCAAGAAUGUCCAGGAAGAGCCUAUCCACAUCCUGAAUGUAGCGAUAAAGACAGACAGCGACAUCGACGACGAUGGCCUGGCAGCCAUGUUUCGGGAGUUCACUCAGUCAAAGAAAUCAUUGCUCUUUGAACACGGCAUCCGAAGACUGACAUUUCUAGUAGCUCAGAAGGAUUUCAGAAAACAAGUCAACUGUGAGGUGGACCAAAGGUUUCAUAGAGAAUUCCCAAAAUUCUUCACAUUCCGGGCGAGAGAUAAGUUUGAAGAAGACAGGAUCUAUCGACACCUGGAGCCGGCACUGGCUUUCCAGUUGGAGCUCAACCGCAUGCGCAAUUUUGCACUGACCGCCAUUCCCUGCGCCAACCACAAGAUGCACCUGUACCUGGGCGCAGCCCGUGUGGAGGUGGGCACAGAGGUUACCGACUAUCGAUUCUUUGUCCGAGCAAUCAUCCGCCAUUCCGAUCUGGUCACAAAGGAAGCUUCCUUUGAAUACCUUCACAAUGAAGCAGAGCGUCUUCUGCUGGAAGCCAUGGAUGAACUGGAGGUGGCUUUCAACAACACAUCUGUAAGGACGGACUGUAACCACAUCUUCCUCAACUUUGUCCCUACAGUCAUCAUGGACCCAUCAAAGAUCGAGGAGUCUGUGCGCUCCAUGGUGAUGCGCUAUGGCAGCCGUCUAUGGAAGCUUCGCGUCCUACAAGCUGAACUAAAGAUCAACAUCCGCCUGACUCCGACUGGAAAGCAAAUUCCUAUCCGGCUCUUCCUAACUAAUGAGUCAGGCUACUACCUGGAUAUCAGUCUGUACAAGGAGGUCACCGACUCCCGAACAGGACAGGUGGGACCCAAAGAUCGACAGAUUAUGUUCCAGGCAUAUGGUGACAAACAAGGCCCCUUGCAUGGCAUGUUAAUCAAUACACCUUACGUGACCAAGGACCUGUUACAGUCCAAGCGCUUCCAGGCCCAAUCUUUGGGCACCACAUAUGUCUACGACUUUCCUGAAAUGUUCAGACAGGCUUUGAAAAAGCUGUGGAACUCUAGUCAGGCCUAUGCUUUUCUACCUGAAUGCCCGCCUCCUCCCGAGCUCCUCACCUUCACCGAGCUGGUUCUGGAUGCACAGGGUCAGCUGGUGCAGAUGAACAGACUCCCAGGAGGAAAUGAGAUUGGCAUGGUGGCGUGGCGGAUGACUCUGCGAACCCCCGAGUAUCCAGCAGGACGUGAGAUCAUAGUCAUAAGCAAUGAUAUCACUCACAAGAUAGGCUCAUUUGGACCUCAGGAGGACGUUCUGUUUCUGCGAGCUUCCGAGAUGGCGAGGGAGAGUGGCAUCCCUCGCAUCUACAUCGCAGCAAACAGCGGCGCCCGCAUCGGCCUGGCGGAGGAGAUCCGACACAUGUUCCACGUGGCCUGGCAGGAUCCAGCUGAUCCAUACAAGGGUUUCAAGUAUCUGUACCUCACACCUCAGGACUACAAAAAGGUCUCAGCUCUUAACUCUGUACAUUGUGAACAUGUGGAAGACGAAGGGGAAUCGAGGUACAAGAUCACUGACAUUAUUGGAAAGGAGGAGGGGCUUGGUGUGGAGAACCUGAGGGGAUCUGGAAUGAUUGCUGGAGAAUCUUCUUUAGCUUACGAGGAGAUCAUCACCAUGAAUCUGGUCACAUGUCGAGCCAUCGGCAUCGGAGCCUAUCUGGUGAGGCUUGGACAGAGAACAAUCCAGGUGGACAACUCUCACAUCAUCCUCACUGGAGCUGGAGCGCUCAACAAGGUGCUAGGCAGAGAGGUGUACACCUCCAACAACCAACUGGGUGGAAUUCAGAUCAUGCACAACAACGGUGUGACCCACAGUACUGUCUGCGAUGACUUUGAGGGCGUCUUUAACUUGUUGCAGUGGCUGUCCUACAUGCCCAAGUGUAAAUCCAAUCCAGUACCCAUCAUCAGUGCAAAGGAUCCCAUAGAUCGUCUGGUGGAGUUUGUGCCGACCAAGACACCUUAUGAUCCUCGCUGGAUGCUGGCAGGACGUCCUAGUCAAAAUCCAAAGGGUUCCUGGCAGAGUGGAUUCUUUGACCAAGGCUCCUUCAUGGAGAUCAUGCAGCCCUGGGCUCAGAGUGUGGUGGUGGGCAGAGCCAGGUUGGGAGGGAUACCUACUGGUGUUGUUGCAGUGGAAACCAGGACAGUGGAGCUGUCAAUCCCAGCUGAUCCAGCCAAUUUGGACUCGGAGGCAAAGAUCAUCCAGCAGGCGGGACAGGUGUGGUUUCCAGACUCUGCUUUUAAAACAGCACAAGCCAUCAAGGAUCUGAACCGAGAGGGUUUACCUCUCAUUGUGUUUUCCAACUGGAGAGGCUUUUCUGGGGGAAUGAAAGACAUGUACGACCAGGUGUUGAAGUUUGGAGCCUUCAUCGUGGACGGACUGAGGGAGUACAAGCAGCCCGUUCUAGUUUACAUCCCCCCUCAUGCGGAGCUGAGAGGAGGCUCCUGGGUGGUCAUAGAUCCCACCAUAAACCCCCGUCACAUGGAAAUGUAUGCCGACAAGGACAGCAGAGGCGGCGUGUUGGAGCCUGAAGGAACAGUGGAGAUCAAGUUCAGAAAGAAGGACCUGGUGAAAACCAUGAGGAGAGUAGAUCCAGUCUACAUGGGCUUGGCCGAGAGGCUUGGAACUCCAGAGCUGAGCCCCGCUGACCGCAAAGAGCUGGAGACCAAACUGAAGGAGCGAGAGGAGUUCCUGCUGCCCAUCUACCAUCAGGUGGCCGUGCAGUUCGCCGACCUCCACGACACGCCGGGGCGCAUGCAGGAGAAGGGCGUGAUCACGGAUAUCCUGGAAUGGCAAACGUCCCGUCAGUUCUUCUACUGGCGUCUGAGGCGCCUGCUGCUUGAGGGCACAGUGAAGAGGAAAAUCCAGGCCGCCAACAGUGAGCUGACAGACGGCCAGAUUCAGGCGAUGCUGCGGCGCUGGUUUGUGGAGGCAGAGGGGACUGUGAAGGCGUAUCUGUGGGACAACAAUGAAGAGGUGGUGGCCUGGCUGGAGAGGCAGCUAGCUGAAGAAGAGGGCGCCAGGUCCGUCAUCGACGAGAACAUCAAGUACAUCCGGCGGGAUCACCUCCUCAAGCAGAUCCGCAGCCUCGUGCAAGCCAAUCCAGAGGUGGCUAUGGACUCCAUCGUACACAUGACCCAGCACAUCUCCGCCACGCAGAGAGCUGAGGUUGUGCGGAUCCUGUCCACCAUGGAGGCGUCUACCUCGUCCUAACAGGAGCCGCGUCUUCGUCCCACAGCUCAUUUCUCUCAGCUGUGGCAGAAAUGACUCUGAGCUGGAAACACUGGACCAGAGGAGCCGGGUUGAUGCAACGUUCAAUACGGGACUGCUGAUGAAACGUGGGCAAUGAUUCUCGCUCAGCAAGACGGUAGAUAGUUGACAUUAGCUCUAAAAUUUUGUAAAUUGUCUUUCCUAAGUCUUAGUGUUUGCGUAAGUUGGUUUUCAAGUGCAAUUUUAAGAGAAUUGACAAUGUAGAAAUAGCAGGUGAUUAAUAUUUAAUGUUUAGGGUUUGUUUAUGGAUGGAUUUUGGCCACAAUCAGUGGCCUCCAUUCUUUUGAUCUGGAGCGUUCAUAUUAAUACAUAUAAAUUUCUAAUAGAUUUUUAUUUUUUUUUUAAAGCGAUACUGCUGUUAGAAAAGCACCUUGGUUUGUGACAUAUGCUUGUGAAGGUUUACAAGUGUUUUGAUGACCAGCUCAACAAUGACAACGCGUCGCCUGGGGAGUUGACCAAAAAGGAGUUUUCGCUCUGCUAAAUAAAAAGCACUUAGUUACUGAACAAAGACGGGGGGAAACGCCAAAGCAGAUUUGGCCGGGGAAGCCCAGCGGGGAGCGGGACGAGGUUCCUUUUAGACCCCGACUGUUUCGCAGUUACCCUGCGGUGAGCGGUGGGCAGCUUGCCUCAUAACAAAACCACAGCUGUCCCUUCUGUUCUCACCCACACACGCUGCUUAACAGGCACUUUAGUGCUUACUGUUCCCCUCGCAGUGCACCGAGAACCGCGCCCGCGCAGGACUCUCUCGUGGGCGAACGCGCACGCACAAAGUGGCACAAACUCUGUCGCGCACAGUGGAUAAAAGCUUAAAACACAAAUUGGUAAUGGCUCAGUUGAAAGAGAAAGCAAAAGGAAGUGUGUUUGAAGGGAUUAGCUCGAGGGUUUUAGCCAAAGAUGUCAGUUUGAAUAUAGGACAGAUAGGUAGCCAAAUCAAUAAAUGUCUUAGAAAUAACAAAUGCUGCUGUUUACUUUAUGCGACAUGUUACACGUCUGAUGUUUAAAUGUGACCCCGCAAACACUUUUCUGUCUUGUUAAUGAAUGAAUUGUUACUGAUUGUUAAUGUUCUUGUAAGCACUGUGGGAAUCACAUAUGACUUGAGUUUGCGUCUGAAUCUGUCUUAGACAGGAGAACAUAAUACUAGCUAAACACCUCUAUGAUGAUGAAUUCAGCUUUACAAGUUUGUGUCAUUUUUGCUCCGUUGAAAUCUUUACUCCUGCAUGGAUCAGUUCUGUGCCUUGGGUUCUGUCUUUUACAUGCCGACCAGAUGUUUUACAUGUAACCGUUUACCUACAGACAUGGAGAAGAACUUACAGUGAUGAACUCUAAACGUGUCUGCAAACUGAAUAAAACUUUACUAAUU